AUGGCAUACCUUGCUGAUACCACCUUUGCUGGUUGGCCAACAGUUCGAUAUGCCGAACUGGUUACAUUAGACCAAUUCACGCCUAGAGUUCACCUUGUGCAGCUGGCUAGCAGCCCUGAAACCAGACUUGUUGUUAAAUAUAUUUCUAGGGAUAUGGCCAAGGGAAAUAUAUGGAAGGAGAUGAACAUUUUGAAGACGCAGCAGCUUCAUCCUUCUAUACUUCCUGUCGAUCGUCUUAUAUUAGACAACAACAAUAUCAUUGUUGGGAUGGGAAUUAAAUUCGUCCCCGGUGGUAAUCUUAAUAACAAUAAAGACCGAACCUUCAAGUUGAAGUGGCUCAAGCAGCUUACGGAAACUCUAGAUUUUCUUCACUUCAAGCAAGGCAUCGUUCACGGCGAUAUCCAUAUGGGUAAUAUACUGAUCGACGAAGCCGCUGACAGACUUGUCCUGUGCGACUUCAGUAUGGUCAAAGAGGCUACGGAGCAAAACCUGAUGGAUGAAUUUUGGAGUGUUAUGUGGACUCUCUACGAGCUGAUCACACUUGACUUCAAAGCCGAGGAGGAACAAGUCCAGAAUUCACAACGCGAGAAUGGCGUGUAUAGUUUGAAUACCGAAUCCAUAGAGGGGUUGCCUAGCUGGCCUGUAAAAGGAAAACUAGAUUGUGACGCAGAAACAUUCCGAAGCUAUCUUCAGGAAUGGAUUAAGAAGCGCAGGGAAAAUCUGCGGUCUGUUCAGGCAAGAAAACCUGAAGUUAGGGUCAACAUUUCAGAGAAGGGGAGGAUUCAGUGGGCAGGACCAAUACAUGGAUGCCCAGGGGCUCAGAGCAGAACUGUACGAAUGAAUUAUCAACAUUGA